AUGGACCCCAACGCUGUCAAAUUCACCAACCUCGGUGCCAUCAUCCAGGAAUUGCACGUCGACGGACAGAAUCUCGUCCUCGGUUUCGCCAAUAAGGACCUCUAUCCCCCCCACAACGCCCCCUGGUUCGGUGCCACCAUUGGUCGCGUCGCCAACCGCAUCAAGAACGGCGUCAUCCAGAACCUCAACGGUCGCAGCUACGAGCUCGAAACCAACGACGCCCCCAACGCCCUCCACGGCGGCAGUCGCGGCUGGGGCCGUCGCGACUUCGAAGGCCCCACCUGGGUGCGCCGCCACGGCCACGACGCCCUCCUCUACACCUAUCGGUCCCCGCACCUCGAAGCCGGAUUCCCCGGCACCGUCGACCUCAAGGUCUUCUACACCCGCAGCGAAGAGACCGUCGAGGGCGCCACCCGCGCUGUCCUCACCAUCGAGUACGAGGCCGAGCUCGUCGACGACGGCAACGACGACGGCUGCACCGAGACCGUCGUCAACCUGACGAACCACAGCUACUUCAACCUCUCCGGCGCCGCCACCGUCGCCGGCACCACCGCCCGCCUCGUCACCCCGGACUACCUGCCCCUCGACAAGACCGGCAUCCCCACCGGCACCAUCGAGCCCUUCCCCCGCAGCGUCACCGACCCCUUCCCCAUCGGGCCCGACCACCCCGCCUUCGACGACGUCUUCAUCAUGGACAAGGACGUGGGCGCCAUCCCGCUGGACACGCGGUCUCGGCCUUUGCGCCUCCUGGCUGAGUUCGAGCAUCCGGACUCGCACAUCCACCUGCAGGUGCACAGCACCGAGCCCGCCUUCCAGUUCUACACCGGUGCCGGCACCGAUGUCCCCGCCGUGGACGGCCACCCGGCCCGGGGAGCAUUCUCUGGCUUCUGCGUUGAACCCAGUCGGUUCGUGAACGCUAUCAACGAGCCGGAGUGGCGGGGGAUGGUCACGCUCCGGAAGGGGGAGACUUAUGGCAGUACCAUCGUGUACAAGGCGUGGCGGGCCUGA